AUGGGAGACCCGCUUGAAGCUGUGCGGGGCGCUGGCCAUCGUGAGCGCCUUGAGCUACUACCUGACGCGAGGCGCCUCCACUUGGCGGACAUCGCUAGGGGGGGCGGCAGCGAGCCUGGUCACAGGCCUGGGCGCCGCGGCCUGCCUGACCUGGCAGUGGCUGCCACGGCGAGCCAGCCCGACGCCGCCCGACAGCGAGGUGGCGCAGCUGAAGGAGGAGCUCGAGCAGAUGCGCGCGCGCUGAUGAGGGCGUCGAGAAUGGCGCCAGGCGGCGACCCUGGCGAGGCGGCGCCCGCCGCGGGGCCCGAGGGGUCGCUUGCCGCGGUGCCGUUCGGGAUUCCGGGGGCCGCAGCGGCCCCGCCGCCCGCCCUCGCGCCCGGCGGCGUCGCCGUGGGCGGCUACGCGCUGGCGGGGGCGAGCGCCCUGGGCGACUUGGCGGGCUGGGCCGGUUUGGCAGGGGCAGCAGGCGCAGCCGAGGCCGUCCAUCGGCCUGCUGAGAGCGGGGCCGCCAGCAGGACGGGCGCCGCGCUGGUGAAGGACUACCUGACGGCGGCCAGCGCCACCGCCCAUGCGGACCCCUAUUGGGCCUCGAAGUUCUGGGACUCCGUGGUGAGGCUCGAGCAGGGCGGCCAGCUCGACACGGCCGUGGUCCAGCUCCUGCGCGGGUACGGCUACGUUGGCGUGGGCACCGUCACCGCGCCGAGGGUGGCCGACCUGGCCCGGGGCCUGGAGGCCUUGGCCUCCAGCGCGGCUCCCGCCCUCGGCGGCGCGGCGGGCGACCCGCUGGGCCUGGGGGGGCUCGCGUCGGCGGCGGGAAACAGCCAGGAGACCAGGUCGUACGUCUACGAGGGAUUGGUUGUCGGCUCGAUACGGCGGCUCCGCUCUUCGCCUGCGUGGACGGGUUUGUGGACCUUAGCGUCCACCGUGGACUUUGCAGUGCGAGAUUGCAGGACCGAGGACGACCUGAUGAAGUUCUUGAGUACCAGCGACCUCAUGGAGAUUUCUCUCCGCCGCCUGGCGGCGCACAUGUACGAGAGUCGGUCCGGGGAUCGCACGGGAGCGAUCCACAUGCCGGGGGUGUCCACUCCGGGCAGCCAGACGGAUGCGGCACCGAGCUGGUUGGCGCAGGCCGCCACCGCCCACGGCAACGCGGAGCACCAGAGGAACGAGAGGGCGGCCGCUGACCUGAAGCGGCGGGGCGGCAAGGGCGACAAGAGCGAGAAGGACCAGACCAAGAAGGGCAUUGAGCGCGGCCGCUGGGUCCAGAAGCAGGUGCUGGACGAGACCCAGGGUUUGCGCGAUCUGCUGCACGCGGCGCCUGGCGCCCGUUUGUACCCGACCCCUGUGGUGGAGGCGCCGACGCGGCCCGACAGCACGCCCAACCGCCUCCGCCAACGUUUUCACAAGAAGUUCGCCCUGAUGACACUGGCCAAUGAGUAUAUCACCUCGUUGAAUGCCAUGUAUCGGGGAGAUUGCCGAAAGCUCACGCGAGGAAGCAGAGAUCAGACGCGUUUGCAGGAGAUGCUUCCUCACAAUCGUCGGGUUCAGCAACUGGCUCUACGCGAGGCAGUGCGUCUCCGCGAGGCGCGCCGGGGCUGCGGCCUGACAGGCGCCCAAGCCAUCGAGGAGUUGGCGAAGUCGGUUUCCCUAUCGUAUGCAGGAGCCCAGAGGCGCAAGACCGCGCACGAGGCCCUGCGAGCUGACGCUGUUGAUGAGGCCCUGGAUCCCAGAGCGGCGCCCACGCUGUCCGCCCUGAGUCCGGAGGAGGCGGCCUUCUACUCAGAGGAGGCCCGAGUAGUGGUGGCCCCUGAGGCCCGCUCGCAGACGUUUUUCCGGGAGCUUGAGAAGCAGUUCAGUUUCGUAGGAGGAUCUGAGGAGGAGUACGCAAGAUAUUUCCUCAGGCGGGACAUGGCCACUAAUCUCUGGAAGUUUGGUUUUCGAGAAGACAACCGAGCUGUAGCAGGUUUCUCAGUUGUGCCCAAGAAGGACCCCACUAAGCAGCGUCAGAUUAUUAUGAUGGUGGCCUCUAACUAUAUGUUCCAGGAUGUCCGUCCUCGAGAGGAGCACGGUCUCCACGGCGGGGCGGCCCUCGCCAGCGUGCGCGUGCCGAGCGAUUUCCUCAGCGCGUCGGCCUUCGACGAGAGCAAUGCGUUCACGUCUGUGGAGGUGCCAGAGUGGAUGUGGGAUUUCGACGUCAAUGAGGAGGGCCAGUUUUUGGGUAAGAGCAAUGAGGAUUGGGCCCAGGGGAACAAAGGUAAGAAGGUCGGGGACUCAGGUGCGGGGUUCACUGUGGACAGUUGGGUUCUGAAAGUCAUGGAGGUUAAGGCGUCUGGGAAGGACAUCGCUGUCGCCAUGCACUUGUUCGCGGGCCCGAGGCGGCCUGGAGAUCUAGAGGAGUGGCUUCACACCCUGGGGGCCUUGCAUAACCUCGAGAUCCUGGUGAUCUCGUGUGACCUCGAGCUGGGCCCCAACUGGGGCCGCACGAUUCCGGAGACCUUUCAGAAGCUAUGGGGCCUGGUGGCUCUGGGCUACAUCGACGGCAUAGUCGGAGGGCCACCGUGCUCUACCUGGUCGCGGGCCCGCUUCGCCAAGUUGUUGCGGGGUCUGAGGCCGCUGCGUUUCCGAGGCAAAUAUGUUCGGGGGCGGCCCGACUCGGAGCUCACGGAAGCUGAGAAGGGCCGCGUCCGGGAGUCCAACCUUCUGACCCUGAACUUUCUGUCUCUUUGUGAGGGG